GCUGUUGUCUUGUGUGCUUAUCUGGAGACGGGAGGCAUUGAUGUCAGGGAUCGAUCUGUGAUUGAGCUGGGAGCUGGAACUGGAUUGCUGGGAAUAGUGGCCACGUUAUUAGGUGCUCGUGUUACCAUCACAGACAGGGCGGCAGCACUGGAGUUCCUGGAGUCAAACGUACAGGCUAACUUACCUUCUGAACUACGUCCGAGAGCUGUGGUGAAGGAACUGACUUGGGGAAGAGACCUGGGUAACUUCCCUCCAGGAGCAUUUGACUUCAUCCUGGGUGCAGACAUCGUUUAUCUGGAAGAAACUUUUGCAGAACUGCUUCAGACGCUGGAGCACCUGUGCUCAGAGCAAACUGUGAUUCUUCUUUCCUGUCGUAUCCGCUAUGAGCGGGAUCACAAAUUCCUGAAGAUGCUGAGAGGCCGUUUCUCUGUAUAUGAGGUCCACUAUGAUUCCAGUAAGGAUGUUCAUAUCUACAAAGCUCAGAGGGGUAGUCGCAAGGAUGACUUUUGACUCUAUGCUUUGUUAGUAAACCACUGAUGCUGUUCAAUCCUCCCCUUGUUUCUACUCAAUACACUUGUUCGUAAGCAUAUA